CAACUAUAUGCGUACUCGUCCUAUCGUACAGCACAUACACAUAAUUCGCUAUAGUUCUAUGUGUUGUUUUUCAUGUGCGGACUGCAGAUACUACGUGGGCGGUUUGCACUAUGAGUAGUCCUCAAUCUACGUCAACGAAACCGAGCUAUUUGUUAGCUUUGUGCAUUGGAUAUGCAUGGCUUUUGUCGGGACUAGCUGUCUCCGAGACAGACGAAACCGGAUUUAUUUGUCCAACGGAGUGUGAUUGCUGGUAUGUAGGUGACGGACCACCCGGACGAAGGUUGAUUUGUUCAUUUCUCACGAUCGGGCCGAACACUAACUUCACGGCUAUACCCGCUGCGCAUACACUCGUGCUGGAGAUAUACUGCAGCUCACCGUUCCUAUUUAGCGAGGUUGACGAGGAUGCGUUGCGCCACCUGGUGGAACUCGACGAGUUGCAUAUUAUCGGCUGUAAACUGAAAGAAAUUCCGGCCGGCUUUCUAGAUGGACUCUUACAACUACGGCUUUUGAGAAUCAUUUCCACGCACUUGGAAACCAAGGUCGCGCCGGGAGCCUUUCGCGGCGUGCCGAACUUACUCUCACUGAACCUGACAGCGAGCGGACUGUCAUCGCUGCCCCGCGGCGAGCUCUGUGCCCUACCACGGCUCCUGCAACUGCUACUCGGCGGAAACAACCUCGACUCGUGGGAGGGGACCGGCGCGCUGGAGAACGGCACCGUGUGUCUACCGCAGCUCGCGUAUCUGAACCUCGAGCGCAACCUGCUGGCGUCUCUCCCCGACAGCGUGCUGGGCUCGUCGUUAUUACAUUUGUUCAUGCGAGGCAACCGCAUACGCGACGUGCGCGAUGCAGCCUUAGACGGACUCGCCAGCCUGCAGCUGCUAGACCUCGGCGAGAAUGAGAUCCGGACGAUAUCCGACGGCGCGUUUUCGGACGCGGCACAACUUCGCGUGCUUCUCCUAGAUCGUAACCAACUAGCGACGUUGCCGGCGGGUUUCUAUGAGCUGCCGAUGGUGGCUGGGGUGAAUGUGAGCGGCAAUUCACUCGAUGAUGAAUUCCUGGCGCGUAUGCAAGCGAACGGGAUUGAGAAUCUCGAUGCGAGCUACAACGAGCUGACGAUGGUCACUCGUGCGUCUUUUAACGGUAGCUCGUCGUUACAAUUCCUCUCUCUGCAAGGAAAUCGAAUAGAAAAUAUCGAAGACUUUGCAUUCACCGAGCAGACAAACCUACAAGUCUUAUUCCUCAGUUCCAACCUUUUGGGAAACUUAACAGUCGAUGUGUUUCGCGGGCUAGGUAAGAUACGUCACCUAUUUCUGGAUAAUAAUACAAUCGGCGACAUUCAACCGAACGCGUUCGCAUCGAUGAAAGAAAUCAUCAAUGUAAAUGUUUCGAGAAAUGACCUGCGACAUCUUGGAUUCGCCAGUGAUAUGGUAUCUCUCAUCCAACUUGACGUUAGUCACAACCAGAUUACGGAAGUAUCGCAGACUGACUUGUUCCAACUGACGAACAUGACGUAUCUAUUAAUGUCCUACUGCCAGAUGAAAGAAGUCGAACCCGGGGCGUUCGACAAGAUGGAUUUACUGGAAAAAUUGGAUCUUUCCUACAACAGAUUAACGAACAUUCGGUCGUUGUUCCGCUACGCGACUUCUCUCCAAACGCUGAUGCUGCAGAACAACCGCAUUAACACGACUCUAGGGCCAUCUACCUUCCCAGGGUCGAUUCAGACGAUAGAUCUAGAGAGCAAUGAGAUCAGCGACAUAUCUCCAUACACGUUUUCCCGCAAGCCUAGCCUUAAGACGGUGAACUUUCGGCAAAACCGACUCACGACGUUGCGAUCAGAGGCGAUCAAGGUUAGCGUCCCAUCAGCCGACGCACAACGGCCUGCGUUCAGCAUCGGAAUCAACGACUAUUUCUGUAGUUGCGACAUGGCCUACCUUCUCACCGUCAACGCCAAAGGCUCAGUUGGGCACGCAAGCAUACGGGACCUCAACCGGGUGUACUGUCGCACUUACUACAACCCGACGCCGACCAACUGGCUCGUCGAUGUCGACAAGAAGGACUUUCUCUGUCCCUACGAAGAGCAGUGCGUGUUGUGUUCGAAGUGCGACUGCGUCGGCCGUCCUCUGUGCGACUGCUAUCACGUUUGUCCUACUGGCUGCGAGUGCUGGAGAGACCAGAGCUGGUCGAUGACGAAUCUCGUCACGUGCUCAAGCUCCGGACAGUCGGAGAUUCCCGUGAACGUGUCGGUCAUGGUGACGGAGCUGCGACUGGACGGCAACAACGUGACGACCAUUCACGCGGACGACCUCGUCAGACGCCAUCAGCUGAACGCGUUGUGGCUCAACAACAGUGGCGUUCGGCCUUUGACCGAGCAUCCGCUACACGCCUACAUGACGUCAGCUAGCCAGCGGACAAGCCCGCCAGCAGCUGAGAGCAGUGGUGAGCGGUGCGAGCUUCCCCGACUGCAGCCAAGCUGGCUCUGUGCUUGCUUUGGGCUGGACGCCGCAGCAUUUAUAUUCAGCCGUGGGAUCACCACGUGGUUAACAGUCAUGUGGAUCGACGUCACGCCGAUGUUUUCAAUGUUGGCGUUGCAUGGUAACGCGUUCUCGAAAGCUCCUGAAGCCAUAUAUGGAAUUAGAUCAUCAGAAUACACACUUCGUGACUCGGGCCGCAUAUAUGUGCUACGGAUCCACGCCGGCGAGUGCAACAAGCUUUUCUCCGAGGACUUACGAUUACUGGGCGACCUUGUCAUCGAGAUAUUGGAUUUUGAGAUGGUUAUGUACUGUACGGCACCACUUAUCAGGGUUUCUCCUGGUUUUAUCGCAGGCUUUGUCAUGCUAGGUGUGUUGUUCUUGACUACCGUGCUCUGCAUCGCUCUUACACAUCAUUAUCAGCACGAAAUCAAGUUGUGGCUUUUUGUCAAGUAUGGAGUGAGAGUGUUCAAACGGAAAGAUCCCGAAUCAGAUAAGGCAAAGAAAUACGAUGCUUUCAUCUCGUACCACAACUCGGAUGAGGAUAUCAUAUUACGUGAGUUCGUGCCGCAGCUGGAACAUGGUGAAACACCGUACAAGCUCUGCGUCCAUAACAGAGAUUUCUUAGCCGGAGAAUUCAUAGCCGAGAAUAUCGUCUACGCCGUCGAGAAUAGCAGACGCACGAUUGUCUUGCUCACUGCCAGCUUCAUCGACAGCGAGUGGUGCCGGUAUGAGUUCCAGGCAGCGCACAAUCAGGCGAUCAGCGAGAAGGUUAACAGAAUCAUAUUGGUUGUCUUUGAGGACAUUCCCAAGGGCAAACUAGAUAAAAACCUUGAAGCAUAUAUCAAAACCAACACCUACAUCAGAUAUGAUGACCCAAUGUUCUGGAGUAAGCUUCGAUACGCAUUACCGGCUGUACGUGCAGAGAAGCCGCUGCCAGACGAUCCGCCACCCGCGUACGAACCACCGACGGCAGAGAUGGCCGCCAGGGUGCGCCACGAUAUUUACCUCAACGAAAUCGUCGAUAGGCCGGGUGUUCAAGGAUCGAGUGCAACAGAUGACGGUAACGUUAAUCAAUUUUAAAAAUGCGGGAAAAAAAGUACUUGAAAUUUCGAUGCGUGUUAACGUGUAAUACCGAGCUAUACGUCCUAUGUACGCCUAUGUAGGCCUAUGUCUAGGCCGGAAUAGGACGUACGACGGUUAAGAAAAAUCAGAAACUACUUAUUUAACGAAAACGUACGUGCUAGUGAUUUGUGACUGUCGUACUAUAACGACACAAAGCGAAUCUGGCCCUAUACUCCAAUAAAAUUACGGAAACUAAGCGUCUGUAGUUGGCGGGUGGUGUUAAGACGAGACUGCAUGGCUGUGCUAAAUACUGAAUAUAUGUAAAAACUGUAUAAGAUUUAUAAUAAAAUAACAUGUUGAUGAUAAA